AUGCCACUGGGGUCAAGGUGCCCACACUUAGACAAGCGGACGAUUAGGGUCCUCAACCCAAGCCUUUGGCUCAAAAGCCUAACCGUAAGGCAACAAUUUUGGACUGGAAAUGCAAGUACAUUACCAUUUUACGGAACACGUCGCCAUACAUGUUCCAACCUGCAACCUGGAGGACCAGGAGACCGCGUAGCUCAACUGUACAGCUUAACGGGUCACCGAGGUACACAAACCGCCACACCACGACCCGGGUUUGCACGGGCGAGAUGGACUAAGUGCUUAGAGCGCGAAUCCACUGAACGUAAGGUCCGUAGUUCGAACCUAGCCUCUGCCACUCGACUUCCCCUGUCGAGGCUUGGGCGACCUGGCAGUAUCCGAGCCCUCGUGCCUCCUUCGCGUGGUAUGGCAGUUAGGCACCGAAAGGGUGCUACGGCUGGACGAUUUGCGCAAAAAUAUGACACUACACUGCCAGAGUCGGAAUGCUUGUUGUGUUUGUGGUGCAGCGAUUGUUGUUGUCGCGGAUUCCCUUUCAGCUCCUCAGCAUUAUAA